CCACCGAUGGCGCUACUGGUACUAUAACCGUUUCAGUAUAAUUUAUAUAGCUUUUGGAUGCUGCCAAUCAACUGCAUUUUCUUGAAAUUCAAAAUAAUCAAAAUACAUUUACAUUUACAUUUGUUAGUCACUAAGAAAUUUACUUUUGUAAACUAUAAUCUUUAUCGCGUUAUAAGUAUUGCAUUGUUUACAUCGUGUAUCGAAAAUUUGUAAAGAUAGAAAUUUGUAUACAACUCAUUUUUGUGAUAUUAUUUGUAUCAUUCCAUGGUGCACUACACGAAAAAAUAUUCACUUGAAUAGCAUUUGCUAAGUAUCAAUACUAACAAAAACAUUUUGUGUAUCGGUGAUGUAAGAUUUGAUAGUAAUGUCAUCUGUGUCCACUGAUGACUAUGUCUACUAAAUUUUGUUAUAAGAUAUUGAACACAGUCGUGCAAUCUGCUUGUCUGAUACAUUGUAUUAACGAAUAUGUAGGAAAUAUUGUAGUGUGUGCUGGUCCGUCCAUGGAACCAACAUUGUACAGUAACGAUGUAUUAAUCACAGAGCGUGUAUCUGUGAGACUACAAAAAUUGAAAAAAGGUGACAUAAUUAUCUCUAAGUGUCCCUCUAAUCCAAAACAACACAUAUGCAAGAGGGUUGUAGGGUUACCAGGAGAUAAAGUACGACAUGGAGUCAUAGUUCCAAACGGACACGUUUGGUUGGAAGGUGAUAAUAGGAAUAACUCUACCGAUUCUCGUGUGUAUGGACCUGUUCCACAGGGUUUAUUACAAGGACGUGCAUUGUGCAAAGUAUUACCAUUAAGAGAUAUUACUUAUUUAGCUUAGUAAAUAUAUUAUUUAUAUCAUUUAUAAUUUUAUUUACAAUUAACCUGGUCAGAUAUAUUAUUUUUGUGAUGCCCAUAGGUAAAGUAUGAUAAUAAAAAUCUGUUUCAAGAUAUAA